AAAAGUCAUAAAAAAAAAAAAGGCGAGUAUACUACUAUAUAGCAUAGAAAAGUAAUCUGAAGAAUCAAAACGAAAGUAUUGACUACUGCUGCUUCUGCAAUGGCUGCUGCUGCUGCGCAAUCCGGUGAAGCACAACCCAACAGACCCAUUUCCAACAUCCUAAUCGUCAUUGCUAUGCAGACGGAGGCUCAACCUGUUGUCAAUAAAUUUGAGCUCAUCGAAGAUCCUCACUCUCCGUUUCCACAAGGCGUUCCUUGGGUACGUUAUCAUGGGAAAUACAAAGAUCUCAAUAUAAACUUGAUUUGGCCUGGAAAAGAUCCAUCUUCUGGGGUUGAUAGUGUCGGCACAAUAUCGUCUGCUCUUGUAACAUAUGCUGCUAUUCAAGCAUUGCAGCCUGACUUGAUCAUAAAUGCCGGCACUGCUGGGGGCUUCAAGGCCAGAGGAGCUAGUGUUGGUGACAUUUUCAUUGCAUCAGAUUGUGCUUUUCAUGACAGAAGAAUACCUAUUCCUGUUUUUGAUCUGUAUGGAGUUGGCUCACGUAAAGCCUUUGAAACACCCAACCUUGUGAAGGAACUUGAUCUAAAGGUGGCUAAAUUGUCUACUGGUGACUCUUUAGAUAUGACAGAGCAGGAUGAAUCAUCGAUCACAGCAAACGAUGCAACUGUUAAAGAUAUGGAGGGAGCAGCCGUUGCUUAUGUUGCCGACCUUCUGAAAGUUCCUGCAAUUUUUGUAAAAGCUGUGACUGAUAUCAUCGAUGGUGACAAACCAACUGCUGAAGAAUUCCUGCAGAAUUUGGCUGCUGUAACUGCAGCACUUGAUCUGGCUGUCGAAAAGGUCAUUAAUUUUAUUAAUGGGAAGAGCAUAUCUGAACUUUGACAACCUAAUUUCAGCUUUCCUAGUUUUGUCAUAUGCAAUUGUACACUACCACCGCAAUUGAUUCAAAAUUUGUGAGAUUUAAGCAAAAAUAGACACUUGUAAACUGAGAAGGAUAUUACAGCUGCGACCUCACCUCUUCCGUUGUAUAAGUUAUUUGGCCAAAUAUUGUGUCAUUCAUUGUAAACAUGUAUAAUGACAUCCGCGUAAUUUAUAUCUUUAGACUCCA